CACCGAUCGUAAUGGUUAGUUUAUCGGUCAACUAUUGAUACGAUUACACCGAUUACAAUAUCAAAAUAUCAACUCGAAUCGAGCAAUAUUUGACGAUUCAUCGAGUAGAUACAUCGGAGCUUAAUCGAUGAUACUAUGGAACGCAACAAGGAAAAAUCAGUUUUAAAACGAAACAAGUAUCUGUCGUUAUGCCGAGAAAGGGAAAAUUUUCGUGUCGAACUUAUCGAAAUGAUGAAAAGGGAGAAACCGUUGUGCAGUACGGCCGAAAUCGAGCCAAGCGUUAAAGAAAAAGUAAAAGAAGAAGAAACCAAAGAUUUGAUCACAAACAAAGACAAAGAUAUCUUGCGAUAUUAUUAUUACUUAACGCACGGUAUCGAUGACGUUUACGUAGGAUCAAUGGAUCCCGAUCUUUUGGGGAAGAUCUUACGGAUGGUGCCAGCCAAGUGGCAAAACAAAUUUAAGGAAUCUGUAGCUGGUUUGGUAAUCGAAGUGAAACAAGAAUAUGCCCUGAACGUGAAGAAAUCAGUGGUUGAGUUUGUUAUCGGUGAUUCGUCGCAAUUUUCGUUCGAUCAGGUGAGCGUGUUCGAGAGAAAUAAAAAAGUUAAAGUGAUUCGACUUCCGGUAGAACAUACGAUCAAUUAUCAACGUACUAGAGCGAAAUUGGAGAAAACAAUGAUCCUUUAUUGUCCAGCGGUGCGACGAAUUAUAGAUUAUUGGUAUCGCGAAUUCAGCGAGAGAAAAUUGAUAAGUGAACAAGAAUUGAUGGGACACGGUACAUCGUACGAUCUUGCUAGUUUCGAGAAAGCCAUCUCGAAGAUGUGUCUUCGAACGAGGGAGGAUCUUGCCAAAUACUGGCUACCAAAACUCCGAACCAUUUUAUUUACGGCCUACGAGAGAAACGAGUUACCUUCGAGGAGCGACGCUCCGAGAUUGAAAAGAUUUUUAAAUUGUCUAGCUUUUAUUAUGGAAGAUCAGUUACGAAGACUUUGUUUGGAAUCGAUGGAAGAGUACAUCGAUUAUCUUUUCAAUAGAAACCAUGCGCGUUCUGGCUUCGAUAUAAAGUUAAUGGUAAGAAACACGAUCGUAUUAUUCGAACCGACGUUUAAGAGGUUUGUGGAAGUGCUGUCGAGGCUAUUGAAUUCACCACGGGAAGCAGUUGUCGGGUUGCCGUUGCUCGAAACGUUAACGCAAUGGACCGUUUCUACGAUAGAUUUCGCUCGGACAUCCCUCGAGCCGCGUAUAUCGAUCGAGUAUUUUGAGCGACAAACAAAAAAAAUCGAACGACUAAUAAACAGCGAGAAAGCUGAACUCGAGCUGCAAGUUGAAGAAUUUGAAAAAUACACGAGUUUAAUGGACGGUACCGAAACAAAGAAAAUCGAAGAGUUCUUGAAACCUGAAACCGAUAGCAAUUUCGAAAGCUUCCGAGUUUUAAUCGAACACUACGAUCAGCUUUCGCGGCGUAUAACGCUCGAAUUUCAUCGAACUUAUUUCGGUAAAUUUUUCGUCGUCCACAGAGGAGACUUUAUAGAUCAUAUUGCCUCGAUAGCUCGCCGACUCAAAGAGGAAUUGCUUGCUAGAAUGAUCACCGUUUACCAACAAAAGUCUCGAGCUAUAGGAGAUGACUAUCAAUAUAUCGUGGACCGUGCUUUAAGCAUUCCGGCAAAUACGAUGGAAUUGAUGCAACUUAAAGAAUUUAUACGCGUCACGGAAACGGAGACUGGCUUUAGAUUGGAAAAUCGUUUAAAAGAAGUGAUUAAAUACCUAGUCUUUCUAUCGGAUUAUUCGGCCUUGAGUCCUGUCGAAUUGAAGACCAAUAACUUUGCUUUUCAAUGGUACCACAAGCUUCCGGAAGUGUUGGAGCAACACAGAGAUAUAAUUGCGAGUAAAAGUGGAGAAUAUCAAAAGAGCUUAAGAAAGAGGAUCGAACAAUUUGUACGAGAGCUGGAAACGUAUAGAAAAUAUUGCGACGAAUUGCAAUAUUGGGGUAAUCUCGAAGAGAUAUAUCGAUACAAGAAGAAGGCUGAUCGUUUGGAGGAGAAAUUGAUCGUUGCGAUGGACACGAUCGAUAGAUUCAACGAGGAAGAAGAGUUGUUUGGUUGGCAAGUGUCGGAGUAUCCGUUACGAAAAGCGACAGCGGAUAAACUAUCGCCGUACAAACGAUUAUACGAUGGUGGCUGCGAUUUCUUAAUCAAUUACGAUACGUGGAUGAAUUCCAUGGUGGGUUCUCACGAUCCCGAAGAAAUCGAUACCGUGACAGGAACCGCUUAUCGCACCAUCUACAGACUGGAAAGAUCCAUACAAGAACCGAUCGCGAAAAAGCUAGCCGAAACGAUCCUAGCGAAAAUAGAAGAGUUUAGAGAACACAUGCCUGUAAUAUCCACUCUUGGCAAUCCAUCCAUGAAGAAUCGUCACUGGGAACAAGUAUCCGAGAUAGUUGGCUUUCCGAUAAAGAUCGACGAGUCGAUGACGCUCGCUAAGAUCCUCGACUACGGUUUGCUCGACUACGUUUCGAAAUUUGAAGGGAUAUCGGACGCAGCGUCAAAGGAGGGCAGUUUGGAGAAAGCUCUUGUUCGAAUGCAUCUCGAUUGGGCGGAUAUCGCGUUCACCGUAAAUCCUUAUCGAGAUACCGGUACAUACGUGAUUGCCAGUAUCGAUGACAUACAGUUGCUUUUGGACGAUCAUUUGACGAAAGCUCAGACUAUGAAAAAUUCUCUUUACAUUCGACCAUUCGAAAAGGAGACUCUAGAAUGGGAGUCAAAGUUACUCCUGCUGCUAGAUAUCAUGGACUAUUGGCUACAAGUCCAAGCAACGUGGAUGUAUCUCGAGCCGAUAUUUUCCUCGGCUGAUAUUCAGCAACAAAUGCCGGAAGAAGGUCGACGAUUCAGCGCUGUCGACAAAAUCUGGAGAGAACUUAUGCAGAUCGUAUCGGCGGAUCCCCGUGUUAUGUCUGUCGUUGAAAUCGACAAGAUGCUCGAUCGCUUAAAGAAAUGUACAAAUUUGCUCGAUCUAAUACAAAAAGGACUUGCCGCAUACUUGGAAAAGAAGAGGCUGUUCUUUCCGCGAUUCUUUUUCUUGUCGAAUGACGAACUUUUGGAAAUAUUGUCGGAAACGAAAGACCCUACCAGGGUUCAGCCGCAUUUAAAAAAAUGCUUCGAAGGUAUCGCGCGACUAAGCUUUACGGACGAUAUGGAGAUAACGUCGAUGAAAUCGUCCGAGGACGAGGAAAUUAGACUGGAAGAUGUCGUUGAUACGGCGGCGGCUCGAGGACAGGUCGAAAAGUGGUUGCUCGAUCUUGAAUCUUCGAUGAAAAAGAGCGUCAGAUCUCAGGUAAUUCAAGCAAAGGAUGCGUAUUCGAAGCAAACCAGAUCGAAAUGGGCCCUGAUCUGGCCUGGUCAAACGAUUCUAUGCGUCAGCAAACUUUAUUGGACGGCUGACGUAACGGAUAUAUUGCCGAAAUCUACCACUAAUUUGGACAAUUAUAUUCGCAUCUGUACAAACGAAUUGCACGAAAUCGUGAAAUUAGUGCGUGGAACGUUAUCGACGCAAAAUCGUACAACUUUAGAGGCACUAGUUACGAUGGACGUUCAUAGCCGUGACGUUGUAACGGAGUUGUUUAAGCAAAGAAUUAACGAUGUAACGGAUUUUGCCUGGUUGGCUCAACUAAGAUACUAUUGGAUGGACCAACAUUUGUGGACAACGAUGAUAAAUACUUGGUUCAAGUACGCGUACGAGUAUCUAGGCAAUACUUCGAGAUUGGUGAUAACACCGUUGACCGACAGAUGCUAUCGGACCUUGUUCAGCGCUUUAAGUCUACAUCUUGGCGGUGCACCCGAGGGUCCCGCCGGCACCGGGAAAACCGAGACGACCAAGGAUUUGGCAAAAGCAGUAGCUAAACAGUGUAUCGUUUUCAAUUGUUCCGAUGGUCUUGAUUACAUUGCUUUGGGAAAGUUUUUUAUGGGACUGGCAAGUACGGGUGCAUGGUCUUGCUUCGAUGAAUUCAAUCGUAUCGAUUUGGAAGUAUUGUCGGUGGUAGCGCAACAAAUUUUAACUAUUCAACGAGCCAUUAAUGCUGCAAAGGAAAUGCUCGUUUUCGAAGGUAUCCAGAUCAAAUUAGACCCUACUUGUGCCGUGUUCAUCACGAUGAAUCCUGGAUACGCGGGAAGAACCGAACUUCCGGAUAAUCUGAAAGCCCUGUUUCGACCUGUCGCUAUGAUGGUUCCAGACUAUGCUCUAAUUGCCGAGAACACGUUAUAUUCUUACGGAUUCUACGAAGCCCGGCCGCUUUCGGUGAAAAUCGUGACAACCUACAGACUAUGUUCCGAACAACUUUCCAGUCAAAAUCAUUACGAUUACGGAAUGAGGGCGGUGAAAUCUGUUUUGGUGGCCGCUGGAAAUCUAAAGAUUAAAUAUCCGGAACAAAACGAGGAUAUUUUAGUGUUGCGCAGUAUCAAAGACGUUAAUUUACCAAAAUUUCUCAGCGAAGAUUUACCGUUGUUCAAUGGUAUCAUGUCGGAUCUGUUUCCUGGAGUCGAACUUCCGAAACCAGACUAUACCGAUUUGAAUGCGUGCUCUCACGAUGUAUGUUUAGCCUCGAAACUCCAAUGUACACCUGUCUUUUUGGAGAAAAUACAACAGAUGUACGAAAUGAUGAUUGUUAGACACGGAUUUAUGGUCGUCGGGCUACCGUUUGCUGGAAAGAGCGCUGCUCUUAACGUUCUAGCAGAGUCUCUGAAGCUUUGCGAACAGCGGAAAUUGAUAAACGAACGUAAAGUAGAAAGAUUCGUCAUCAGUCCCAAAGCUGUCUCGUUGGGUCAAUUAUACGGAGAAUUUGAUCCGGUUUCUCACGAAUGGUCCGAUGGAGUAUUGGCCAUCAGUUACCGUGCUUUCGCGACUUCAACCACCCAAGAUCGCAAAUGGUUGAUCUUUGAUGGUCCCGUCGAUGCGAUAUGGAUCGAGAGUAUGAACACGGUAUUGGACGAUAAUAAGAAGCUUUGCCUGAUGAGCGGAGAGAUAAUUCAACUGGCACCGUUUACGAAUUUGAUAUUUGAAACGAUGGAUUUGGAAGCAGCAUCGCCAGCCACCGUUUCCCGCUGCGGAAUGAUUUACAUGGAACCAGGAGCACUCGGCUGGAAUCCUUUGCUCGAGUCUUGGAUAGGCAAAACUCCAACUGGGAUCGACGAAUGGCUGAAAAACUUUUUAUAUCGAUCGCUCUUUCGAAGAUUUUGCGAUCCACUCCUACAUUGGUUGCGACUCGGUGACGUCAAGGAAAUAUGCCCAAUGUCCGACUCGAAUCAUAUACGUUCGUUAACUUAUCUAAUGGAUUGUUUCCUCGACGAGUAUCGCGACGAAAAAAUGCUCAAGGAUAUGGACGAGUUAGACCUUCGAGCGCAAAUCGAGGGUUCGUUUUUCUUCUCGUGUAUUUGGGCUGUCGGGGGUACUUUGGAAGCAAGUUAUAGGGAACGGUUCAGCGUUCUCUUCCGUGGUUUUCUCGAAAAAGAUUUUCCUUCCGAUUUGAUGGAAGAGUUUGGAUUGCCGACAUCGAUAGAGCCACCUCUAAGGCCGUACAUAUUUUUGAUGCCACGGAACGGCCUCGUCUUCGACUACAGAUUCAUCAAAGAAGGGAAAGGAAAGUGGAGAUUGUGGUCGGAUGAAUUGCUCGACGGUCCAUCGAUUCCUCGAGAUAUUCCUGUUAAUGAAAUAAUAGUACCUACGGUCGAAACGAUACGAUACACGUCUCUGUUUCGAUUGUUGGUAAGCAACGAGAAGCCGGUGCUGUUCGUAGGCCCAACAGGGACGGGAAAGUCUGUCUACAUAAUCGACUUUCUAUUGAGAAAGAAUAAUCCUACGGUGAAUAAACCGUUAAUCAUAAAUUUCUCGGCGCAAACUACGGCGAACCAAACGCAGGACACGAUUAUGGGGAAACUUGACAGGAGACGGAAAGGCGUUUACGGAGCACCGAUAAGUAAGCGUUGGAUCGUUUUCGUCGACGAUCUUUCGAUGCCUAUGAAGGAACUUUAUGGCGCCCAACCACCUAUCGAACUUUUACGGCAAUGGUUAGAUUACGGACAAUGGUACGACAGAAAAGAUAAAUCGAUGAUAAAACUGAUCGACGUUCAUUUGAUGUGCGCCAUGGCUCCACCGGUCCGUGGUGGAAAGGACGUUACACCUCGAUUCAAGAGACAUUUCGUCGUUUUAACGAUAUCGGAGUUUGAGGAUGACGUAAUGACGAUGAUAUUUAGCAAGCUUGUUCUUUGGCAUCUCGAUACAAGAGGAUUCAGCAAAGAAUUCGAUCCAUGCAUCGACGAAAUCGUCUUGGCUACGUUGGACGUAUACAAGCAGAGCCUUGGUAAUCUUUUGCCAACGCCAACCAAAUGUCACUACGUUUUUAAUCUUCGAGACUUCUCCAGAGUGAUACAGGGUGUUUUGUUAUCCGUGCCUGAAACGAUGUCGACUCUAACGAGUAUGAGAAGACUUUGGGUUCACGAGGUGCUUCGAGUGUUUGGAGAUCGAUUGAUAAAUCGACAAGAUUUAUCUUGGUUGGUAGGGCAAAUACGCGUUACUUUGAGUAACCGUAUGGAUGUGGUCGUGGAAGAGCUGUUUCAAGAUCUUCUUUCCUCGAGUGGUCCGACAAGUUCGAACGACCAACCGCAACUCAUCACCGAAGCACAUCUUCGAAAUUUGGUGUACUGCGAUUUCGCAGACGCAAAGGUGGAGACGCGGCUUUAUCAAGAAGUUUCGGAUCUCGAUCAAUUACGAGAAGUAGUGGAAACUUAUCUGGACGAGUAUAAUACAAUGACUAAAAAACCCAUGAAUUUGGUGUUAUUUCGGUUCGCCAUCGAACAUUUGUCUCGUAUAUCUCGUAUUAUCAAGCAACCGCGAAGUCACGCGCUUCUCGUCGGAGUUGGCGGUUCGGGAAGACAGUCGCUGACUAGGUUAGCCUCCCAUAUAAGCGACUACGAUGUUUUUCAAAUCGAAGUCACGCAACAAUACGGAGUUUCUGCCUGGCACGAGGACGUGAAAAGAAUGUUAAAACGCGUCACUAGUACGGAUCUUCACUCGAGCUUUAUCUUUUCCGAUACUCAGAUCAAGGAGGAGAGCUUUCUCGAAGACAUCAGCAAUAUGCUAAACUCCGGAGAGAUACCGAACAUAUUUACCGCCGAAGAGAUGACCGAGAUAUGCGAGCAGAUGAGACAAAUAGAUAGGCAACGGGAUCGAUCGGUACAAACGGACGGUAGCGCAGUGGCCUUGUUUAAUUUUUUCGUUCAGAUAACACGCGAUCAAUUGCACAUUGUGGUAGUUAUGUCUCCGAUAGGCAACAAUUUUCGCAAUCGUAUUAGAAAAUUUCCAGCACUAGUCAACUGCUGCACCAUCGAUUGGCUUCAGCCGUGGCCGCAGGACGCACUAUUAGCGGUCGCAACUAGAUUUUUAGCAACGAUCGACUUGACGGAUCACGAAAGAAUCGCUGGUAUCGACAUGUGUCAAUUCUUUCACGUAUCCACGGAGAAUCUUAGCUCGGAGUUUUUGAUUCGACUAAACAGAUACGUUUACGUCACCCCUACUUCCUAUCUCGAGAUGAUAAACACCUUUAAAGAUUUGCUAGAGAAAAAACGCGAAGAGAUAACGAACGCGAAAACUCGAUACAACCGCGGUUUGGGUCAGCUGGACGACACUAAAAAACAAGUGGCAACGAUGCAAGAGACGUUAAAGUUGUUGCAACCGGAAUUAAUAACCGCGACUCGAGACGUUCAGAAAAUGCUGCUCGACGUAGACAAGGAACAGCAAGAGGUGGCAGAAUUCGAACGAGUCGUAAAAAUCGAUGAGAACGCAGCCGAGACAUACGCGAGCGAAGCCGCUGCGAUCAAAGCCGAAUGUGACGCUGAUUUGGCCGAGGCCAUGCCAAUCUUGAAACGCGCUCAAGCUGCGCUGGAUACGUUAACAACUGCUGAUAUCGCGAUCAUUCGAACGAUGAAACAACCACCGUACGGAAUUAAAUUAAUCGUCGAGAGCGUUUGCGUUCUUAAGCAAAUCAAAGCAGAAAAAGUUCCGCAACCGGACGGCACCCAUCAGGAGGAUUACUGGAGAGCGGCGCUACGAAUGCUGAGCGACAUCAGGUUCCUCGAUUCCUUGAUCAAUUUCGACAAAGACAAUAUACCCGACAACGUAAUCGAGAAAAUUCGUAAACAAUAUCUAACCAAUCCAGACUUUGAUCCCGAGAAGAUAAAGAAAGUAUCGACGGCUUGCGAGGGUCUUUGCCGAUGGGUGUACGCAAUGUCGGAAUACGAUAAAGUAUCGAAAGUCGUUGCCCCGAAAAGAAGAGCUCUCGCCGAAGCCCAAAAGGUUUACGACACCGCCAUGGAGAAUCUUGAGGCGAAACGAGAACAACUUGGACAAGUACAGGAGAAACUUCAAUCGUUACGAGAGAUUUUGGAACAAAGAAGAAUAGCUUUUCAAAAUAUGUCCGACAAAGUGGCGAAUUGCGAGACUAAAUUGAAACGCGCCGAAGAGUUGAUCGGAGGAUUGGGCGGAGAAUACACGCGUUGGUCCGAGACGGCGACAACUCUCGGAGAGAGAUAUUACCGGUUAACGGGCGACGUUGUGAUCGCCUCUGGCGUAGUAGCGUACUUGGGUCCGUUCACGAUGCCGUUUCGCAUUCGACAAAUCGCUAUCUGGAUACAACGUUGCACCGACUUGCGAGUGAUUUGCACCAAAGACUUUCAAUUACGCGACGUUCUCGGAGAUCCAGUUUUAAUCAGAUCUUGGAAUAUCUUUGGCUUACCGAACGACGCCUAUUCUAUCGAGAACGGUAUCAUCGUCGAAAGUGCGAGAAGAUGGCCGCUGAUCAUAGAUCCUCAAGGUCAAGCAAAUAGAUGGAUAAGAAACAUGGAAAGAGAGAAUAACGUGAAUAUUAUUCGACUGAAUCAACCCGACUACGCUCGAGUAUUGGAAAAUGCGUUGCAAUUUGGUCAACCGGUACUUUUGGAGCGCGUCGGUGAAGAAAUAGACGCGGUUCUCGAACCAGUUCUGAUGAAAGAAACGUUCAGGCAAGCCGGUGCGCUCUGUAUAAAAUUCGGGGAUGCGAUCGUCGAAUACAAUCGAAAUUUCAGACUCUACAUCACCACGAGAUUGAGAAACCCCCAUUAUCUACCAGAGGUAGCGGUUAAGGUAACCUUAUUAAAUUUCAUGAUAACGCCGAGUGGACUGGAAGACCAACUAUUAGGAAUCGUGGUCGCAAAGGAAAGGCCCGACUUGGAAUCGGAGAAAAAUGCCUUGAUUGUGCAGGGGGCCGCAAACAAAAAACUUCUUCAAGAAACGGAGGACAAAAUCUUGGAGAUAUUGUCGAUUUCCGAGGGCAAUAUAUUGGAGGACGAGGAGGCUAUCCAAAUGUUAACAUCGUCGAAAAAUCUGAGCGACGAUAUUCAAACGAAACAAACAGCGGCCGAACAAACGGAGGCGUCGAUCGACGCUGCCAGAUUACAGUACACACCGAUCGCUGUCUAUUCGACCGUACUUUUCUUUACUAUCGCAAUGCUGGCACACGUCGAUCCGAUGUACCAGUAUUCGUUGCCAUGGUUCGUGAAUUUAUUCGAAUUGGCUAUCGAUAACACGGAGCCGGCGGAAACCGUGGAACAACGGUUAUCGGAUCUCGUCAACUAUUUCACGUAUUCCCUUUACGCAAACGUUUGCAGAUCGCUGUUUGAGAAGGACAAGCUACUGUUCUCGCUCCUAUUAGCGAUCAAUUUGCUCAAACAGCAGGGAAAUAUCUCUCUGUCGCACUGGAUGUUUUUGCUGACAGGUGGAAUCGGUAUCGAUAAUCCAUACGCGAAUCCGACAACCUGGCUACCGGCCAAACAAUGGAACGAAUUGUGUAAUCUCGACAACGUCGAAUCAUUCUCGGGUGUUCGAAAAAGCUUUACGGAAAACACCGACCAAUGGAGAAAACUGUUCGACUCGAAGGAACCGCAGAACGCGACGAUCCCAAAGCCAUUCGAUGCUUUGAAUUUGUUCGAAAGGAUGUUGAUACUGAGGUGCAUUCGUCCGGACAAGAUCGUUCCGGCGGUACAAAAGUUUGUCCAAGCGAAACUCGGUCCGCGAUUCGUCGAACCGCCGCCGUUCGAUUUAUCAUCCUCUUACGCCGAUUCCAAUUCUUGUACCCCGCUGGUAUUCAUCUUGACGCCCGGCACCGAUCCGGGCCAGUUGUUGCUCACGUUUGCGGACGAGCAAGGUUACACCGCUAGUCGUCUGUUUUACCUGUCUCUCGGCCAGGGCCAAGGUCCCGUUGCCGAGGAGACCAUUCAAACGGCUGUAAUAGUCGGUAACUGGGUCGUGUUGCAAAACUGUCAUUUGGCGGUCAGUUGGAUGAGUACCUUGGAAAACAUUUGCGAAGGUUUCAUGCCCGAUACGAUUCAUUCCGAAUUUCGAUUAUGGUUGACGAGCUACCCUUCCGAACACUUUCCCUCCUCGGUCCUCGAAAACAGCAUCAAGAUGACCAACGAACCGCCGAAAGGACUAAGAGCGAACAUCCUUAGAUCGUACACCAGCGAUCCGAUCAGCGAUCCGGAUUUUUUCGAAUCUUGUUCUCAAACCGAGUACUUUAAGAAACUUCUUUAUUCGUUGUGCUUCUUUCACGCGAUCGUACAGGAGAGGCGAAAUUUCGGCCCGAUCGGUUGGAACAUCAGGUACGAAUUCAACGAGACGGACCUUCGGAUCAGCGUCUUGCAAUUACAUCUCUUUCUCGACGAAUACGAACACGUAAGAUUCGACGCUCUCAAAUAUCUUACCGGAGAAUGCAACUAUGGCGGCAGAGUAACGGAUGACUGGGACCGCAGAACUCUCAACACUAUCCUCUCCAAGUUUUAUUGCGAAAAAUUACUCACCGACAAACUCUACUAUUUCGACGACACUUCCAACGUUUAUUAUUGUCCAAACGUUCGAGAACACGAAGCGUUCAUGGAAUACACCAGAGAUUUACCUUUAAUCACCGAGCCAAGCGUCUUCGGUAUGAACGAAAACGCUGAUAUUAUCAAGGACCAGCAGGAAACGAAUCUUUUAUUCGCAUCGAUACUCCUCACGCAGGACCGUGGGGAUCUCUGGCAGUCGAGAAAGGAAACGACGAAAUCUGCAACCGGCCAAACUUCCAACGACCAAAUAGUCUUAGACAUCGCCAGCGAAAUUUUCAACAUGUUACCAACCGAUUACGAUCUCGUAUUAGCGCUUCGGAAGUAUCCAACGUCCUACGAGCAAAGCAUGAAUACCGUUUUGGUACAAGAAAUGGCUAGAUUCAACAAACUACUUGGCUACAUUAGGAACAGCCUAGAGAACAUUCAACGAGCCAUCAAAGGCCUCAUCGUAAUGUCCUUUGAUCUCGAAGACAUUUACGACGCGAUCUUGAUCAACAAAAUACCAGAGUUGUGGAAACAACACUCUUAUCCGUCUUUAAAACCUCUUGGUAGUUACGUGCGCGAUUUGUUGCGUCGCCUCAAUUUCCUUCGAAGUUGGUACGAAGAGGGACCUCCGAUCUUUUAUUGGAUCUCAGGAUUUUACUUUACUCAAGCGUUCCUCACCGGAACCAGACAAAACUACGCGAGGAAAUACCAAAUACCCAUAGAUCUUUUGGUCUUUGACUUUGUUGUAUUGGAAAGUGGAACAGCUGGUAUCUCUGCUCCCGAGGACGGAGUUUAUGUAUACGGAUUGUUUCUAGACGGUGCACGAUUCAACAUGAAACAAAUGUGCCUAGACGAAAGUAUCCCGAAAGUACUCUACGAAAAUAUGCCCCCUUUAUGGUUGAUUCCUAUGAAACAAGAGGACAUUAAGGAGAGAAUAACUUAUCUUUGUCCAGUGUACAAAACCAGCGAAAGGCGAGGAGUAUUAUCAACCACUGGACAUUCGACCAACUUUGUUAUCGCUAUGACCUUACCCACCGUAAAACCACCGGAACACUGGAUUAUGAGAGGGGUCGCUAUGCUUUGUCAACUAUCCGAAUAGAUACAAUACCUCUCUUGCUUUUCAUCGAUAAACACCCUACCGAUACGACUUUCAAAUGGAAACGUCUCAUUGCGAAUGCA